AUGCUCCUGAUUCUACUCUCUAUCCUCUUCCUCUCGCCUUCAUCCGCAGAGCUCGCCGUCAUCGGGGCUGGAUGGGGGAGGACAGGAACAAUGAGCCUCAAAGUAGCCUUGGAUAAGCUGGGAUACAAAACUUACCACAUGGUGGAGGUCAUAGAGAGAAAUCCCCAUCACAAGGCCAUGUGGACAGAGGCAUCGAGGAGGCAUGUGAAGGGCGAGCCAGUGGGUGAGAUCCUGAGCAAGAUCCUUGAGAACUACACGGCAGCGGUGGAUUUCCCCGUUGCGGCCUGGUGGAGGGAGCUAUCUGAAUUGAACCCGCGUGCGAAGCUGAUCCUGAGCGUGAGGGAGCCCGAGAGGUGGUACGAGUCAGCCAGCCAGACCAUCCUGCCCGAUCCCUGGUUGCUGAGGAUGCUUGACACCCUCUCCGAUGUUCACGAUCCGGUACUGCCUGUGCCAGACGCGUUCUGGGACAGGGUGCUGGGGGAGGGGAGGCGGAACAACAUCACACGGGAGGAGAUCAUAGAAGAAUUCAACAAGAACGUGAGGGAGUUCAGAGACUUCAAGCUCCCCGACGAGCAGAAGCUGGAGCUUAAGGUUGGCAAGGAUGGUUGGGCACCUUUGUGCAAGUUCUUGGAGCUGGGGGACAAGUGUCCUACGGAGCCGUUCCCGAGGGUCAACGACAGGACAGACUUCAAGUACAAGAUCAUCCUGCCCAUCGUGAUCAGGGCUGUCACCACCAGCAAGAUCCUGCUCAGCGUUGUCCUGCUGGGGUUGGCAUCGGUGCUGUACGCUCUCAGGUGCUUGACCAGGAAGAUGCUGCGGAGAAGGGAAAGGAAGAGUGAGACCGAAGUGACUGGUGGUUUGCCUCCUUCCUGCUUGCUCGCUCUUGUGAGAGAGUGA